AAGCGUACUUACUAAAAUAAGCGCGCUAUUCAGUAAAAAGAGCACACGUUCUCUCGAUACAACAAAAAAUAUCUUACAUUUUCCCGGUUUGGUUACUUAGUUUAAACUUUGUUCGUAUUAUUCGGUACUAAUCUCGAAUUGUAUUGGAUACUGGGGGAGGAUUCGAAUGAAUUUGGUUGGUUGUCUAUCCUCGCUAUCCGCUAUCCGCGCAAGGCAAUACCGGAAGCAUGCGCGGUUUAAUGACUUUGUACACAAUCAGUCAUUGGAGUCCUGGAGGGAAGGUGAACCACCAGUUUUAUGCUAAAGAGGGAACAGAAGUUCGUCUUAAAAUACUACAACAUACAGAUUAUUAAUAGAAAGAAUCCACUGGGCUGCGUUUUAGUGUGAAAUAACAAAAAGCAUAUGAAGACUGCGCACCGAUUGUAGGCGGUCAUAGUGCGCAGAUUUGACUACUGCUUAGAAAAUGAGUGUUCUUCAGAAAGGUUUUCUCACAUUAACUCCGAUACGGCAUUGGAUGGUGGGCCUGACUGCAGCCAGACUCUGCAGUCAGAAGUCCAAGCCCGCAGUGGCAUCCAAGCUGCCCUACCGCGUAAAGCUGACCGGGGGUAAGCGCCACUCCUGGUGUGCGUGUGGCCACAGCAAGAAGCAGCCCUUCUGCGAUGGUGCCCACAAGAAGUUUGCCCCCGACCUCCCCCCUCUGCGCUUCGUCCCGGAGAAGGACACUACCGCCAUGCUGUGUGGUUGCAAGCGGACGGGCAGCCCCCCUUACUGCGACGGCACCCACUUCAAAGUCAUCUUCCGCUCCAUUAGAGAUUUUGUCCUGCCACGAAAGUCCUCCUGAAAGUAAAUGCCAUGUAAUUUAGCAAAUUAAAUAUGUUUGUUAAUAUAUACACACAUUGUAUCAUUCUUAUACAUUUAUUGACUAUAAAUUGUGCAAAUUGAUCAUAUUUCAGUGGAUAGAAUAGAUAUGUAUAUUAUAUGACAAGUGCAGCUCAGGACCAUUGGCUUUUGUUUGUGGAAGCACCUUGUUGUCGUACGUCACCAAAGACUUGGCUAUGUGUUGUCGAUGAUGCUGAAAGUAUUUGGAGUUUCAAAUUUCAUUACAUUUACAUUGAGCUGUAACAGUAAACCAGCAAAAGAAUUGUCAUCGGAACUUGUUGGGACAGUGCAGUAUAACUGGGCGUUGAGAUCACGUUGGAGUGCUCCAGAGGCCCUCUAGAUUGCUCCUCUACUCCAGAGGCAACUGAACCGGGCGUUGAGAUCACGUUGGAGUGCUGCAGCGGCAUGGCCGGGAGUCAAGUUUCACUCCCCACAGGCACGAGGGGCCUCCCAGGGUGGCGCUGCAAACUGAUCUGUGGUCAGUAGAUCCCGUUGGGUCCGGAUAAUGGAUCUGUGUUCUGUGCACAUGAAUACUGGGAACGUGGCUACAAGUCGCCUGAACCGUCCUAAGAAGGUCGUGUACCUCUCCAUUCAGAGACGGGCAGUCGACUGUGACUCACGAACAUGCCCUCAUUCCUUCACCCCCCCCCCCCCCCCC